CCUCUGUGUUCUGAGAGUGUGUUCCCACAACACACCUGACUCAGUCUGGAGAGAACCACAGAUGAGUGGGCAUCCAGUACCAGAUGGUCAAGGGAACUGAGUACUAUCCCAAUUUUAUAAGGAGCAGCCAUCUUUCAAUGAACUCCACCCAACUUCACAAUGGCUAAGAGGCUAGAAUGAAGUACAGUCUUGAAGCAGAACUGACUGCCCCUCCUAUUCCCUGUUACGAGCGGCAUAGGGAGAAUUUGAGUUAACUAUGAGAGUUUUUGCUACUGCUCUCUGGUUUUGUAGGCAACUAUGUGCUUGCAUAGCUCAUCUCCUGAAAAGGUGCAGCAGAUACCUACAGAGAAUAUUCACAAAUAACCGAAGUGUUUGGGGUGAAACUGAUUUGCUUGCUUUCUGUGCAAAAGAAUGGAAAGAAGAAACAGAACAGGCAAAACAAAUGAGAGAGAAUUACAAAACAUUAUUUUGGAGGUACCAUGUGAAAUAUAUAAGACAAGUCAGUGGAGAUAAGUACUGUUUGCUGAGAGCUGUGUUAUUCCAGAUAUUCAGCCAAGGUCUUCCUCUUCCAUCAUGGACAAAGGCAACAGAUAUACUAAAGCUCCCUGAAAAACUUCUUUAUUCACAAGGUUGUAAUUGGAUCCAACAAUACAGCUUUGGACCACAACGGUAUACAGGCUCAAAUACGUUAGGAAAAUUACGUAAAUGUAUUGAAGCAUUAAAAGGACAGUGGAUGGAAAUCAGUAGUAUUAAAGACCAAUCUCAAAGAGAGAACCUUUGCAAUGCCCUUUUUACUGAUGGAUGUAUGGAGCAUAAGUUCUAUGAGGCCAUAAAAUUUAUCAUGCUCUAUCAAGUAAUAGAAGCUUAUGAAUGCCUGGCCUGUAAUCGAGAAUGCGUUCCAAGUUUUUUUAGUGAUCUUUUUAGACGUGAUACUUCUUUGGACCCUUUAAGUUACAUGAUGAAUCAUCUGAAUUCAAUAGGGGACAGAAGAGGUCUUGAUCAGAUUGAUCUAUUUCUGCUUGGGCAUUCUCUUGAAAUAAAGAUAAUAGUUUAUAGGUUGUGUAAGAUUAAUACAGAAGAUUUUCUAGAAACCUACACAGAGGAACAUCAAAGGGAUUGGCAUGAGGUCCUCCUCCUAACUGAAGAUGAUUGUCAUUAUCACAUUCCUGUUGUUAAGAUAUGACUCCUUGACGCUGACAGAUAUUCCCACAUCAGAUCCCCUCUGAAGAAAUCUGUUCAGAUGAAUGGCAUACUGCAUUUAAGAAAUUUGUUGUUUAUUCGUUCA